AUGAGAAUAUUCCCUCUAGCCGCCGUUUUUCUAAUUCAAAUCUUUGCACAGCAACCAGACGACGGCAAUGACCUCUUUAUUCUGAUCGACGAGGUCAGCGUGUAUUCCUGUAGGGGAGUCAAAAAUGAGAUCAAAAUCUCUGAAGAGGACAUCAACAUCGUCAACGACAAGGGCAAUAAGGCUUACUACAUCCGGGCGCCCGGCAACUACUCGUUACACUUCAAGAACCUAAAAGUGCAGAAGGAUUUCGGGUUCCUGGCCGGGGAGAUCGGAGUUACGCUACAAGUUCCGAUCAUUGAGGGUCCAGCUGGAAUGCGCUUCGACCUACCGUACCCCAUGAUUCCGGAAACGGGCUUGCUGUCCCAGAAAUGUGACGCAAAUUCGGGAAUAGUUGAGCGGAAUGGGCGACAAUAUUGCCGAUAUUGCGAUCUCUGCUCCGUCUCGCAGGCCGUCGAGUCGAAGAUCAACGAGGAGCAUGUGUUUCUACCGACGGUAGAGACGAAGAAUUUGCAUUUUAUG